ACUCUCUUCCAUUUUCCUCCGCCUCUGGUUGUCAAGAAGAUGGCAGCUUCCAGGCAGGCAUGAGAGGAAAUACUUCUUCACAAAUCGAAUGAAUUUGGAUUAUUGCCGCAAGAUAAGACCACAUACCCGUGUUUUUGCGAUUACUGCAUCGAAAUAAAAGUCAUGUCUGUCCCUGGCUCCGCGGUGUCCGGGACCACGGCGUCGGUUCUGCAGCCGCGAUGGAAACGGGUCCUCGGAUGGUCCGGUCCUGUUCCCCGGCCCAGACAUGGACACAGAGCUGUGGCUAUAAAGGAGCUUAUGGUUGUCUUUGGCGGUGGAAACGAAGGGAUUGUGGAUGAACUACAUGUAUACAACACUGCGACCAACCAGUGGUUUAUCCCAGCGGUCCGGGGUGAUAUUCCUCCUGGUUGUGCUGCAUAUGGUUUUGUCUGUGAUGGCACAAGAUUGCUAGUGUUUGGUGGAAUGGUGGAGUACGGAAAGUACAGCAACGAUCUCUAUGAACUACAGGCCAGCAGAUGGGAAUGGAAAAAGUUGAAAGCAAAAAACCCGAAGAAUGGCCCUCCUCCUUGUCCUCGUCUCGGUCACAGUUUUUCCCUGGUUGGCAACAAAUGCUACCUGUUUGGUGGACUUGCCAAUGACAGCGAGGACCCCAAAAACAACAUUCCCAGAUACCUGAAUGAUCUGUACACACUUGAGCUUCGUGCAGGUUCCAGUGUGGUUGGAUGGGAUAUUCCAAUCACAUAUGGAGUCUUGCCUCCUCCUCGCGAGAGCCACACUGCUGUGGUGUACACAGAAAAGACGAGCAGGAAAUCUCGCCUGAUAAUCUAUGGAGGGAUGAGUGGUUGUCGUCUUGGAGAUCUGUGGACACUUGAUAUUGAUACCCUGACGUGGAAUAAACCAUCAGUAAAUGGGACAGCACCGCUCCCCAGAAGUCUUCACUCUGCCACUACCAUCACAAACAAGAUGUAUGUGUUUGGAGGAUGGGUUCCUUUGGUUAUGGAUGACGUCAAAGUGGCCACACACGAGAAGGAGUGGAAGUGCACAAACACUCUUGCCUGCCUAAAUCUUGACUCCAUGUGUUGGGAGACAGUGUUGAUGGAUACUCUUGAAGACAAUAUCCCCAGGGCUCGUGCUGGCCACUGUGCUGUGGCCAUAAAUUCGAGACUCUAUGUUUGGAGUGGCCGUGAUGGCUAUCGUAAAGCUUGGAACAACCAAGUCUGUUGUAAAGACCUUUGGUACCUGGAAACAGAGCGGCCACACGCUCCUGCCAGGGUGCAGUUAGUCCGUGCCAACACAAAUUCUCUGGAGGUGAGCUGGGGUGCCGUCUCAACUGCGGACACCUACUUACUGCAGCUGCAGAAAUAUGACAUCCCUGCAACUCCAGCUGCAGCCUCACCAGUCAUGAGUGCAACCCCCUCGCUGCCUGUGAACUCUCCCAAAAGCCCCGUGCCGGCUGCUGCAGCACCCUCUGCUCAGAGUCUACAACAGACAGCUGUUUUGAAAGUUCAAGCUCAACAGUCUGCCACAGGCACAUCUGUUGUCACAGUCCGGCCCAGCCAACCUGGGAAAUCCCCUGUCACUGUGACAUCCCUUCCUCCAGGUGUCAGAAUGGUAGUGCCCGCCCAGACCACCCAAGGAUCGCCAAUUGGCAGUAGCCCUCAGAUGAGUGGCAUGGCAGCUUUAGCUGCAGCAGCUGCAGCCACACAGAAGAUCCCGCCCUCCUCUGCAGGCACUGUCCUCAAUGUUCCUGCAGGUGCCACCAUUCUCAAAACAGUAGCUGUUUCCCCUGGCACAACCACAAUGAAGGUGGCUUCUCCAGUCAUGGUCAGUAACCCAGCCACCCGGAUGCUGAAAACUGCUGCAGCCCAGGUGGGCACAGCAACUGCGUCCUCUCCCACUACCACCAGACCCAUCAUCACUGUGCACAAAUCUGGUGCAGUCACAGUGGCCCAGCAGGCCCAGGUGGUAACCACUGUGGUGGGAGGAGUCACCAAGACCAUCACUCUGGUCAAGAGUCCCCUCACCAUGGGCAGCAGUGGCACUCUGAUCUCCAACCUUGGCAAGAUGAUGUCUGUGGUACAAACCAAGCCAGUGCAGACAUCAGCUGUAACAGGCCAGGCUUCCACUAACCCUCUCACACAGAUCAUACAGACAAAGGGUCCCCUCCCAGCUGGCACCAUCCUGAAGCUGGUGACCUCUGCAGAUGGCAAGCCCACAACAAUCAUCACCACUUCCCAGGCAGGAGGCACAGGAAACAAGCCCACUAUCCUUAACAUCAGCGGCGUCUCUCCUAGCACCACUAAGCAGGGCACCACCAUCAUUAAGACCAUCCCAAUGUCGGCCAUCAUGACCCAGCCUGGAGCUACAGGUGUGACAAGCAGCGCAGGCAUGAAAACACCUAUCACAAUCCUUACCACAAAGGUGAUGACUACUGGAACUCCUGGUAAAAUCAUCACUGCAGUGCCCAAACUUGCCACUGCAGCUGGCCAACAGGGACUGACACAGGUGGUUUUGAAGGGUGCUCCUGGGCAGCCUGGCACUAUUUUACGCACCGUGCCCAUGAGCACAGUGGGUGGUGUUCGACUUGUUACACCAGUGACUGUCUCUGCUGUAAAGCCCACUGUCACCACUCUGGUUGUCAAGGGGACUACUGGUGUCACCACUCUUGGGACAGUCACUGGUACAGUCUCCAGUAGCCUGCCAGGAGGAACUGUGGACAGCUCCAACGCCUCUCUGGUUACCCCCAUCACCACACUGGGAACCAUCGCUACCCUGUCCAGCCAGGUCAUUAGCCCAUCUGCCAUAACUGUGUCAGCUGCUCAGACCAGCCUGACUUCUGCCUCCUCCCUGCCUUCCUCUACAAUGACAGUGCAGAACCAGCCCACCCAGGUGACUCUGAUCACAACUCCCAGUGGUGUAGAAGCUCAACCAGUGCAGGAUCUACCAGUAUCCAUCCUGGCCUCACCAACCUCUGAGCAGCCCAGCUCCUCAGAGGCUGGAGCAGCCGGCGAGGGCUCCGGCACAGUCACCCUCGUCUGCUCUAACCCGCCCUGCGAGACCCACGAGACAGGAACCACCAACACAGCCACCACCUCUUCUGCUACAAUGGGAGCAGGACAGGUGUGCUCUAAUCCCCCCUGCGAGACCCACGAGACCGGAACCACCAACACAGCCACCACCUCUUCUGCUACAAUGGGAGCAGGACAGGUGUGCUCUAAUCCGCCCUGCGAGACCCACGAAACAGGCACCACCAACACAGCCACAACUGCAUCUUCAAACAUGUCUGUGCCGCGUGAGUGCUCCAACCCACCAUGUGAGACUCAUGAAACUGGGACAACUAACACAGCUACCACAGCAUCGGCUAAUAUGGGAGGAGUCCAGAAUGUGUGCUCCAAUCCACCCUGUGAAACCCAUGUGACGGGCACCACCAACACAGCCACCCAGGCGUCAUCUAACAUGAACACAGGCCAGACGGGCACUGCGCAGAGGGUGUGCUCCAACCCACCCCGGGAAACGCACGAGACGGGGACCACCAACACCCCGUCCACAGCCAGCUCCAACAUGGGAAGCGACCAGACCAGCACAGCGACAGGCCAGGUCCAGAGGGUGUGCUCCAGCCCGCCCUACGAAAAACACAAGACGGGUACCACCAGUACCCCAUCCACAGCCAGCUCCAACAUGGGAAGCGACCAGACCAGCACAGCGACAGGCCAGGUCCAGAGGGUUUGCUCCAACCCGCCCUAUGAAACACACGAGACGGGUACCACCAGUACCCCAUCCACAGCCAGCUCCAACAUGGGAAGCGACCAGACCAGCACAGCGACAGGCCAGGUCCAGAGGGUUUGCUCCAACCCGCCCUAUGAAACACACGAGACGGGUACCACCAGUACCCCAUCCACAGCCAGCUCCAACAUGGGAAGCGACCAGACCAGCACAGCGACAGGCCAGGUCCAGAGGGUUUGCUCCAACCCGCCCUAUGAAACACACGAGACGGGUACCACCAGUACCCCAUCCACAGCCAGCUCCAACAUGGGAAGCGACCAGACCAGCACAGCGACAGGCCAGGUCCAGAGGGUUUGCUCCAACCCGCCCUAUGAAACACACGAGACGGGUACCACCAGUACCCCAUCCACAGCCAGCUCCAACAUGGGAAGCGACCAGACCAGCACAGCGACAGGCCAGGUCCAGAGGGUUUGCUCCAACCCGCCCUAUGAAACACACGAGACGGGUACCACCAGUACCCCAUCCACAGCCAGCUCCAACAUGGGAAGCGACCAGACCAGCACAGCGACAGGCCAGGUCCAGAGGGUUUGCUCCAACCCGCCCUAUGAAACACACGAGACGGGUACCACCAGUACCCCAUCCACAGCCAGCUCCAACAUGGGAAGCGACCAGACCAACACAGCGACAGGCCAGGUCCAGAGGGUUUGCUCCAACCCGCCCUGUGAAACGCACGAGACUGGGACAACCAACACAGCCACCACUGCCACCUGCACCAUGGAGACAGGCGAAGGCACAGCAGCCCAGCAGACAGAGGAGGGAGCAGAAGGUACCAGCAGCACAGAAGAGGCCCCCACCACUGCAGCACCUGGUGUAGUUAGCACCACCCAGGGCAGGGCCAUCACUACGGUCACCCAGUCCACACCAGCCCCCGGACCCUCUGUACCUUCGAUCUCAUCAAUCACAGAGGGUGCGAGCACUGCUGCCAGCUCCACAGAGGAACCCAUGCAAACUGAUGAAGUAGCAUCAGCAGAAGCUGCACCUGCCGAGCAGGGAGCCACCGCUAUGGAGACACAAGCAGAGGUAAAUUCUGAUGCCACACAAAGCCAGUGUUGGCCUGACAUUUUAAAAGUCCAUUCAAUCAAAGAUAUGUUACGUGUGUAUAUCACCUCUAAUGUGGUCUUUCAGGGAGAAGCAGCCACAGCGACUGCCUUGAAUCUGCCCUCAGAGCUAAUGUCUGAGGGUCAGGGAGCCACACUCAUGGUGACAGGGCUGUCAGACGAGGAGCUGGCUGUGACUGCAGCAGCAGAGGCUGCUGCUCAGGCAGCAGCCACUGAAGAAGCCCAGGCCCUUGCUAUCCAGGCUGUCCUCCAGGCAGCUCAGCAAGCCGUAAUGAAUGAGAGCGAUUCCACUGGAGAGAGCCAGCAAACCACCAACAUCCCCAUCAUGUUGACCCAGCAAGAGCUUGCGGCGCUGGUCCAGCAGCAGCAGCAGCUGCAAGAGGCUCAGGCUGCUGCACAGCAGGCCACCGUGGACACAAGCUUGCCCACAGAAGGCCUCGCCCCUGCUGACAGCCUCAACGACCCCUCUGUCGAAAGCAACGGACACAAUGAGAUGGCAGCUGCAGUCACCAGUGCUGUGGCGUCACUGCUGCCACGUACCAGUGCUGAGACACUUGCUCCAUCAAGCACAUUUGCACCCUCUGUAUCAGCGGCAAGUCCAGCCAAGCUGCAAGCAGCAGCCGCUCUAGCAGAGGUUGCCAAUGGCAUAGAGGGAGAGAAGCAAGGCCCUCAGCCAACCCCAGUGAAGCCUGUUGUGAAGAAGGAGAACCAGUGGUUUGAUGUUGGAAUCGUUAAAGUGACAAAUAUGGUUGUCACCCACUUCUACGUGCCAGCAGAUGAUUCUCAUGGAGAUGAUGACUCUGGCAUCAUGCCAGACUACAGCCAGAUGAAGAAAAUGGAGCUGCAGCCUGGAACAGCUUACAAGUUCCGUGUUGCUGGAAUCAACGCUUGUGGUCGUGGAGCUUUUUCGGAGAUAUCUGCUUUCAAGACUUGCCUACCAGGCUUCCCAGGGGCACCUUGCGCCAUCAAAAUCAGCAAGAGCCCAGAUGGUGCCCACCUGACCUGGGAGCCACCCUCGGUGACAUCAGGGAAGAUCAUCGAGUACUCCGUGUACCUGGCCAUCCAGAGCAACCAGACAGCUGAAGCCAAGGCCUCCACCCCGGCGCAGCUAGCCUUCAUGCGCGUGUACUGUGGACCCAACCCCUCUUGCUUAGUGCAAUCGUCGAGCCUCUCCAACGCCCACAUUGACUACACCACCAAGCCAGCCAUCAUCUUCCGCAUCGCAGCCCGCAAUGAGAAGGGCUAUGGUCCUGCCACCCAAGUUCGAUGGCUGCAAGAAUCUGGCAAAGAUGCUGCCUCUGCUAAACCGGCCCCCAAAAGACCAGGCACCUCCCCUGAUACUAAGGCUACUGGUCCAAAGAAAGCAAGGACGGACCAGUGAGGUUGCCCAGAGACCCCUCCCAGUCUUUUGUCCUUUUUCAACUCGCUGUCCUUUUAUCAGGAAGACUGACCUUCACCCCUCCUCCACCUCCACAUCCUCAUCCUAAUCUCAUCCUCCACCCUCAAGUCUCAGAUCACGACAGCAGUGGAGGCAGAACAACCGUAUGAAGCCGAGAUGAAAGUCAAUCUGAGAUGUUUCUGUAGAUAAAAAUCCUCCUCCCUCCUCGUUCUGUUGGUCGUACUAUUUUUAGAGCAACACAAACUUAGAAGCACAUUAUCUUUUUCAGUCACAUCCCCUUCCAUCGUUUAACAUCUAUUUUUGGCUUGUUUCAGUAGUAUAGAGAAGCAUUUACGUCUUUCACAAACUGGGAGCCAGCCUGAGCGCAAAGUUACCUUUUAUUUUUUGUCUUUGUUUUGUGAAUCCUGGGGGGGAUGUAGAGAGAGACUACAUGAAAUGAUGUACAGUGUUGAAAAAGGCUGUGGAGGCAAUAGUUUAGACGAGAGGAAAAAUUGGUAUGGAAACAAAUAAAGCACUUGUCCUCAACGGAAAGAGGACAUAAUUUUUUUUUCCUUUCUUUUUUUGCUCAAAACAAAUUUGCUUCAUCGAGAAUCGAGUCUAUAGUCAUCGUACUGGACUCCAGUCUCCUGGUAAUGUCAUCACUGUGCGCUUCUAACCCCAAGAUGAGGACUGGUGGCCGACACUUCAAAGUGGACAAAAAGAGAACGACAAAGGAAGAGAUUUGUAGAGAAUGAAUGACAGACUUUGCUAGGACUGAGACUUGCAGCACACAAAAAAAAAUCUUCAAAAAUCUUCCCAAAAAAUUAGCAAGCAAUGACGCAGAAGAUCUUGUGUAGUUUAUUUUUGUAUUUUUUAAGCUUUUUCCCCCCCCCCUCCUGUGUGUGUAUGUGUAUGUAUGUUGUGUGCAUUUUUAAAAACAUCACUUUUUUUAACUGUUGUUCAUCCCCAUAGUUUGUGUUCGUGGGAAAAUGGGUGGCUGUGUUGAGGUUGCCACUAUAUUUUUAAAAGAAAAUCUUUCAUUAAGUUGGUCGUAUGUUCUUGUCGUUAACAGAUGGUCAUGAAAGCGAGAAAGACUUUUUGUAUUUGUUCCAAGUAGAACCGCAGAGGUUAUAGGACUGAAGGGAACUUUGAAGUGGACCCAGUGAGAGGAGACUUUUGACUUUGUUUACUACUCAAUGCUUGUGUUGCUUUGUUUGCCAAAAUGGAGUUUCACAGGGUAUGAAGAAAAAUAACAUUACACCUCUUCAUACCUUUCCCACUAUCAUCCCUAUCAGUUGUCCUACGCUUUUUAUGCUCAUGAAUGUGGUGUCUCACCUCUUCUUCAUUUUUUUUUUUUUUUUUUUUUUUUUAGAAUGGCAAAUUAUAUUAGUAGACAUAUUUUCCCUAUCCUAUUGAUGUAUGUGAAUCCAUUUAAUAAAUUUUAAUUUUUUCCUUCCACGGCUCUGUAUUUCAGACUACAGCAGGUGUGCAAGUUAACUGUGACGUAUAUACAGAUAUGUCUUUGAAUGGGGGAUGUCUUGGGAAGAAAGCUUACAUAGCCGGAGUGUACUCACCUGUAAAUUAGUUCGUUCAUAGAGCAAGAAUAAAACAACAACAAAAAAAACAUCUUGGCCUUUUAUAUAAUUACCUGUAACAAACAGUUUUUACAUGUUGGUCAUCUCUUGAUUGCCUUUUGUGUCUUUACUUAUAAAAAGAAACAAAUAUAUAUAUAUAUAUAUAUAUAAAUAUAAAUAUAUAUAGUCUCCCUGAUUGUUCUAAUUUGCUUCUGUCAAGCUGAUUCACUGUAGGAGUCUGGAUCACUGCUAGGUUCAUUACAAUUCAAAAGUACAGGGAGGAGGUUUCUGACUGGACAUGAGUGUAUAUCUACUUUGUAAGGGCGGAUUCAGUUGUGAUGGUAACUGCCAGGAUGAUCAGAGCCAAGGUUGUCACUCGCCUGCUUUUUCUCCGGCUGGCACCUUGGUUUUGCUGUUUGUGGUUUCUCCCGAUUUCUUUCUAGAAAUGAACUCUCUCUUCAUAUGCAUUCAUAAUUUUUGUGCGUGUCAGUGUGUCUGUUGAACAAAACUAGACAUGCAUGCAAAAGCAGUGUAUUUUAGUAGUGAUGCCUUAAGUUAGACCAUAAGCUGAAGGUUCUCAAAAAAAGAAAAAAGAAGAAAAAACAUUUAAUGAGUUUGUUCCUCUCUCCAUGUGGUAUACAAUUGUGUCCUUUCCUUCCACAGUACCUUUGCUGGGUCACUAUUUUUGCACCCUCGUUAGAUAGGUCAUCAUCAGCAGUGCCGAGGUCUCUGAACUUUCCCUCCCACACUGGGACGAGCGCUGCCCUCAGCACUCACAGGUGUUGCGAGUUUCUCUCGGCUGUUUGCAGGUUAUCUGGAAAUGUCCUGUAUUUUCCAAUGUGUGUUUUUUGUACUGUAGGGAGUAAUGUAUCUUUUAUCAUCAAAAAAUAAACAUGUUAAACAUA